AGACAAGUGGACUCUCAAUCACAAGCACGCCAUGGAGCAGGGAGCCAGGGCCCUGAAUGUGGAAGACCAGCCAGACUCAGGGCUUUGCUUCGCGACCUCCGCCCGGACCCUGGCCCUUCUCUUCUUCGUCUGCGUGGAAGUCCCUCCAGGGCAGGGCCUGGCACUGUGUAGUGAAUGUCGGCCUCGUGGUGGACCCGAAGGAACCCUACAGUAAGCCCCAGAGCCGCGGGAGAUCCACGCUGCGGCCGGCUCCGCCCCGCCCCACCCUCACCCUCACCCUCACCCUCACCCUCACGCUCACGCUCACGCUCACGCUCACAGGCUCCCGGCUCCACAUUCCUCGCAGGGCUCCACUCCGGACCCGCCCGCCUUGCCCUUCAUCCUCAAAGACUCAUUGGUCCCAUUCCCCUCGGGCCCCGCCCUUCGCGUGCUUGGGCCUUGUCCGUCCGACCGCGCUGCUUCCGCCUUGCAGCCCCCCCCUCAACCCCUUCUCUCGUAGGCCCUUCUACCCUCCCCGAAGCCGGGCUCCCGGGUUCCGCUUCCACAGGGCCGCCCCCUCUCCUCCGAGAUCCAACGCCUCGCCCCUCGGACUUCUCGCUCCCAGGCCGGGUCCUCUCACCGUCAAGGCCCGCCCCCUGCCAACGGUCCUCACCCAUUAGCCGAAGGCCCCGCCCCUCACAGAUUGCCGCAGGGCAGGGGCGGAGACAGCCCGGGCCGUCCCAGGCUCCGCCCCCGGAAGCCUCACUUCCGGGCGCGAGUACGCCCCGCCUCGCCCCGGCGGCAGAGAGGAGACUAUGGAACGUCAGACUGCUGAGCAGAGAGUCUCCUUCAGGCACCAUGAAAGCUGUGCUGCGCAAGGCUGGAGGCACGGGCCCUGGGGAAGAGAAGCAGUUCCUGGAGGUCUGGGAGAAGAACCGGAAGCUCAAGAGCUUCAACCUGUCAGCACUGGAGAAACAUGGGCCUGUUUAUGAGGAUGACUGCUUUGGCUGCCUGUCCUGGUCGCACUCGGAGACACACUUGUUGUAUGUGGCAGAGAAGAAGCGCCCCAAGGCCGAGUCCUUCUUUCAGACCAAAGCCUUGGACGUCAGUGCCAGCGAUGAUGAGAUAGCCAGGCUGAAGAAGCCAGACCAAGCCAUCAAGGGGGAUCAGUUUGUGUUUUAUGAAGACUGGGGAGAAAACAUGGUUUCCAAAAGCAUCCCUGUGCUCUGCGUGCUGGAUGUCGAGAGUGGCAACAUCUCUGUGCUUGAGGGGGUCCCUGAGAAUGUGUCCCCUGGACAGGCAUUUUGGGCCCCUGGAGAUGCUGGUGUGGUGUUUGUGGGCUGGUGGCAUGAGCCCUUCCGGUUGGGCAUCCGCUUUUGCACCAAUCGCAGGUCAGCCCUGUAUUAUGUGGACCUCAUCGGGGGGAAGUGUGAGCUCCUCUCGGAUGACUCCCUGGCUGUCUCUUCUCCCCGGCUGAGCCCAGACCAAUGUCGCAUUGUCUACCUGCAGUACCCAUCUCUGAUCCCCCAUCACCAAUGCAGCCAGCUGUGCCUGUAUGACUGGUAUACCAAGGUUACCUCAGUGGUGGUAGAUGUUGUGCCUCGGCAGCUGGGAGAGAACUUCUCUGGGAUCUACUGCAGCCUUCUGCCUUUGGGAUGCUGGUCAGCUGACAGCCAGAGAGUGGUCUUUGACUCGGCUCAGCGCAGCCGGCAGGACCUGUUUGCUGUGGACACCCAAGUGGGCACUGUGACCUCCCUCACAGCUGGAGGGUCAGGUGGGAGCUGGAAGUUGCUCACAAUUGACCAGGACCUCAUGGUGGCACAGUUUUCCACACCCAGCCUACCUCCAACCCUGAAAGUUGGGUUCCUGCCUUCUGCAGGGAAGGAGCAGUCAGUGUUGUGGGUGUCCCUGGAGGAGGCCGAGCCCAUUCCCGACAUCCACUGGGGCAUCCGGGUGCUACAGCCACCCCCAGAGCAAGAGAAUGUGCAGUAUGCUGGCCUUGACUUUGAAGCAAUCCUGCUGCAGCCUGGCAGCCCUCCAGAUAAGACCCAAGUGCCCAUGGUGGUCAUGCCCCACGGGGGGCCCCAUUCAUCCUUUGUCACUGCCUGGAUGCUGUUCCCAGCCAUGCUUUGCAAGAUGGGCUUUGCGGUACUACUAGUGAACUAUCGUGGCUCCACGGGCUUUGGCCAGGACAGCAUCCUCUCCCUCCCAGGCAAUGUGGGCCACCAGGAUGUGAAGGAUGUCCAGUUUGCAGUGGAACAGGUGCUCCAGGAGGAACACUUUGAUGCAAGCCAUGUGGCCCUUAUGGGUGGUUCCCAUGGUGGCUUCAUUUCCUGCCACUUGAUUGGUCAGUACCCAGAGACCUACAGGGCCUGCGUGGCCCGGAACCCCGUGAUCAACAUCGCCUCCAUGUUGGGCUCCACUGACAUCCCUGACUGGUGCGUGGUGGAGGCUGGCUUUCCUUUCAGCAGUGACUGCCUGCCAGACCUCAGCGUGUGGGCUGAGAUGCUGGACAAAUCGCCCAUCAAAUACAUCCCUCAGGUGAAGACACCACUGUUACUGAUGUUGGGCCAGGAGGACCGGCGUGUGCCCUUCAAGCAGGGCAUGGAGUAUUACCGUGCCCUCAAGACCCGGAAUGUGCCUGUUCGGCUCCUGCUCUAUCCCAAAAGCACCCACGCAUUAUCAGAGGUGGAGGUGGAGUCAGACAGCUUCAUGAAUGCUGUGCUCUGGCUACGCACACACUUGGGCAGCUGAAGCCCUGCCAUUCUGCGUGAGCUGAUCAGCCUGUGCCACACUUCGCUCUUGAGGAGCUCAACGGUCUGGCAGGGCAGCAGGAGGCUUUCUGGGCUCUGGACUCCACGGAUGCGUGGGCAGAGGAAUGUGGGCUAUGUAGUCAUAAUAAAUUAGGACACAGA